AUGUCGCUUGUGAAGUACCUCCUCCACCCAUCCCCAGAGGACGAGAAGAGGAAACACAAGAAGAAAUGCCUGGUGUGGAACCCCAACCCUUACUUCAUGGACAUGAAAUGCAAAAUCACCACCGUCUUUAGCCAGGCACACAUGGUAGCUUUGUGUGUGGGCUGCUCCACUGUCCUUUGCCAGCCUACAGGAGGAAAAGGAAGGCUGAGAGAAGGAUGGUCCUUCAGAUGGAAGCAGCACUAGAAGUACCCUAAGUCAAAAUGGGUGGGAAGCUAUCCCAAUAAACAGAUUUUGGACAC